AUGGUGGAUGCUUCGAUGCCUUUCGAGUCAGAAGACUCAACCGCGCUGGAAGAUCUCAGCCCACAGGGUGUGCAUGCCAUGUUGCAGGGCUCGCAGUUCCUGGGCUUCGGAUCCUACGGCAACGUCUAUGCUGUUUGCUAUAAAGGACAGACGUGCGCACUGAAGGUGGCGCGCAACAUCGCCGACUGCACCUUGAGGAGUGAGCUGGAGUUCUUGCAGAGCAUCGCCGGAGCCGGCGGAGCCCCUGUGCCCUUGGCCUUCUGCCCAGAGCGUGAUGCUCUCCUCAUGUCCUUCUGUGGAAAGGACGGCCUGCAUGAGUACUUGCGUCGAGGCGGCUUCUCGCUCCAGCACGUCCUGUCCCUGGCCCUGCGCGUGACGGAGCGCCUUCAGGAACUGCACCGGGCGGGCUUCGUCCACGGCGACCUCAAGUGCAACAACGUGACGAUGAAGCUGGACGCCGAGCGGAACCUUGAGUCCGUGCACCUCAUCGACUUCGGCCUCUCCUCCCGCAUCGGGGAGAGGCUCCCGCUCCAGGCCAAGCCCUAUGACAUGCAGCGGUACUGCGAUUGCCGCUACAACGGCUGUCCCAUGCUGCCGCUGUGCGACCUGCCCGGCCUCGCCUCCAUCUUGGAGAGGCUGUUUCGGGGCAGAGGCGACGUCCCUCAAGACGUCGCCGACUUGUCUAAAGUGUGUGCAAGGCCUUAG